AUCACUCAUCUCAUGAUAAUAGAUAGAUGAUUGGCUUACCCGAAAAAGAAGAAAAGAGAACUAAGACGAUAUGGCACUUGCUCUCAAGCCGUCUAUGGUAUCGACUCCUUCACCCACUCUGAGUAAUACCAUCAAAAUUAGUAUCACCAAAGCCUUCUUCCAUCUUGGUUCAAACAUCAUCACUUCUCCAAUAGCAACAACAUACGACAGAAAUCAACGGCCCUCCUUUCUCCUCCCAAUCCCAUAUCGGAUCUCCACCGAUGAUUUUGAGUCCGUGGAUGAUGAUUGCAGCUUUGAUGGAGCUGUUGCGCUCUUCAACCAGGGAGAAUAUUACAAGUGCCAUGACCUUCUCGAGGCUCUGUGGAACAAAUCCGAAGAUCCCACCAGAACUCUAAUUCAUGGGAUUCUACAAUGUGCUGUUGGGUUUCAUCACCUCUUUAACCAGAACCACAGAGGAGCCAUGAUGGAGUUAGGAGAGGGGCUAUGUAAGCUCAAAAAGAUGAACUUUGAAAGCGGACCUUUCCAUCAGUUUGAGCUUGAGAUUUCUGCAGUCCUGGAUUUCAUUUAUCAAACCCAGAUUGAACUCGCUGCCUGCAGUGAAGAUCUAUGUUUAACAAUGGAUCAAUCUGAGAGAUCAUACCAGUUGCUUGGGGGCUACGGUGCAGGUCAACACUUGUACCAUUUAGAAAAUGAUGGCAGCGAUGAUACGUACAUAGUCUUCUCCCCUCCCGCAUCACAUAACUCCCAGUCUCACCAACCUCCAAGAGUGAAGCUUCCCACUAUUGAUGCAACAUACUAUCAUCUUCCGAUCAUGUCAGUGUAACUCAUCACCUCCCUCUCAUACAUUACAUUUUCAUACAUGUAUAGCCACCGCAAUAACUAGAGAUGGUGUAGGACUUGAUAUUAAAUUAUGAUCCUUUGUGAUCUUAGAAAGAACAUUUAACUCUUUGAAAAUAUCAUUCUGCCAUAUGAUAAUUAAAUAGGCAAAUCGAGUACAGAAAGUAAAUAGACACAGAACAUACGUUGUUCGAUCAAGAUGAUUUAUUCAACAUCAAAU